GGAACUGUUGCGUCUAUGGGGCUGUUGCGCGGGUGAUGAAUGAGACACGUGAAGAUAUCCCACCCGAAAAUAACCAAAUUACAUGCGUUACACAGCGCCAAAAUAUAUGAAAUAUAAAUAUAGGAUCUCUCCGGUUUGCUAGAGAAAAUUGUGUCGUGAUUUAUCUCGAAGAAGAACUAAGCGCGCGCGUCACUGACAGCAGGGCGCGCCAUUAAUCUUCAGCACGUGUAAAUGUGUCCGAAACAAUAAAAGACGGACAAAUCAGCAGCGAUGAUGUCAGAGAAGCCUCCGUUACCUGCCAAUGACCAGCUGGAGGAGGCUGACCCUGGCUCCGGGGCUGAGCAGGGUGUUGCCGUGGAGAUGGCCAGAGAUGGCUGGGACAGUAAAGUGGAAUAUUUCCUUGCUCAGGUGGGAUUCAGCGUGGGCUUAGGAAAUGUUUGGAGGUUCCCGUACCUCUGUCAUCAGAAUGGAGGAGGAGCAUUCAUCCUGCUCUAUGUGGUGUUGAUGGGUUUGAUUGGCGUGCCGUUGUUUUUUCUGGAGUUGGCUGCAGGUCAGAGCAUCAGACAGGGCAGUAUCGGCGUCUGGAGACACAUUUCUCCGAAGCUUGUUGGCAUCGGAUACGCCAGCUGUGUGGUGUGUUCCUUUGUGGCGCUGUACUACAAUGUAAUCAUUGGCUGGAGUAUUUUUUACCUUGGAAAUUCCUUCCGGUAUCCUUUACCCUGGGAAAACUGCCCGACAGAAGGAAACAGCACCGCGAAGGUGAAGGAAUGUGAAGACAGUUCACCCACGUCAUAUUUCUGGUACCGUAAGGCUCUGGAUAUCACUGAUUCUAUCGAUGAAACGGGCGAGUUGAACCUCAUCAUCACCGGCUGCCUGCUGGCCGCUUGGGUCAUUGUUUGUCUGGCCAUGUACAAAGGCAUUAAAUCCACCGGCAAGGUGAUGUAUUUCUCCUCCGUGUUUCCGUACGUGGUACUCCUGUGUUUCCUGAUCAGAGGGGCGAUGCUGGACGGGGCAUCAGAGGGCGUUAAAUACAUGUUUUACCCCAAGCUGGAGAUCUUGAAGGACGUUCAGGUGUGGCGUCAGGCGGCGACUCAAGUCUUUUUUGCUCUGGGUUUGGGCUUCGGUUCCGUGAUCGCGUACUCGUCCUACAACCCGCGGAACAACAACUGCCACCGUGACGCCUUCACAGUGUCCGGCGUCAACUUCAUGACGUCUGUUCUGGCCACGCUGGUCGUGUUCGCCGUGCUGGGCUUUAGAGCUAAAACCAUCGCCACAGACUGUGCCAAACGUAAUCUGAAGUCCGUGUCUGAGGCGAUGCCCAACUUCUCUUUCUCUCACCUCAUCAAUGCAUCAGAUGUACUGAAUGAAUAUGAAAACUGGUACAGAGUUGAGGGUCACCAGCUCAAUCUUACUGGUUUGAAGAUCGACGAUUGCAGCCUGGAGGAAGAAAUGAAGAAGGGCGCUGAGGGAACUGGUCUAGCGUUUAUCGCCUUCACUGAAGCGAUGACCUUGUUUCCCGGCAGUCCGUUCUGGUCGGCUCUUUUCUUCCUAAUGCUGCUCAAUCUGGGUUUGUCCACCAUGUUUGGCACGAUGGCUGGGAUUCUGACUCCGUUAACGGACACUUUUAAGACGCUACGCAAACACAAGCUGCUUUUUACAAUGUGCAGCUGUGCGGUGGGCUUUCUGAUCGGUCUGAUGUUCACUCAGCGCUGUGGAAACUACUUUGUGUUAAUGUUUGAUGACUAUUCUGCCACGCUUCCCCUCAUCAUCGUCGUCAUCUUUCAGACCCUCAGUGUGGCGUGGGUUUAUGGUGCAGACAGAUUUUUAGAGGACCUGAAGCAGAUGUUGGGCCAUCCGGUUCCAGUGGUGUACAAGUAUCUUUGGAAGUAUGUGUGUCCGGUUGCUAUGCUGGGUCUUUUGGGUGCCAGUCUACUGAAGAUGGUCUUACAGCGGCCCACGUACACAACCUGGAAUAAAAAAAAGGCAUCUGAGAUACAUCUCCCCUAUCCGGAUUGGGCGCUUGCUGUCAUGGCAAUUCUCAUCAUUGUUGCAUCACUUCCUGUUCCUAUUGGAUACCUACAUGCUGUUGUUCUCGAACGGCUCGGUCGGUCCCCUUCAGAUCCUGAGGCAGGGUAUGUGCCCUGUGCCACCACAGACAUGGACCUCAUCCCGCUCGGUACGAAUUCAUCUCCCCGGUUACCUGGGGAAAACGCUGAGUUUCUUCUUCAAAACGGCCAUGUGGAAUCUAUGGUAUCCAGUGUGUUAUGAAACCAACAUCAGAGUUUACAAACAUCUGCGAUGGAUCAUUUGAAUGAAAAGUAUGGGGACCAAGAUUUUAUUUUGAUGCUUGUUGUUCAAAACAGACAUUUUGCUUGUACAUACGUGAACAUGGGAACAAAAAAUAUUCAAAGGAAGAGUUCACCGUUGAAAAAUGUAAGUUUCGUCACCCUGGUUGUGCAUUCAGAUCUCAAGUGUUUUUAAAAUCCGACACGUCCAUAAAACUCGACAUACAAAAAUAGUGCCUAUAUUUUUGGUGACAGAAUUUUCAUUUUCUGAGGUAAAUCUACAGUAACGGUACUGCUGGGCUUUAACUGCUUCUGUUGGGUCCAAAUGAACAUUUAAACAACUUGACAACAAUGAAACACUUUCAUUACCUUUGACUACAACUGAUGGUCCUGCUUUAGUGGUCUGAUCUCGGUUGAGUAAGUGUUGUAUGGUGGCAGAUCUCAUCAGGGUUAUUAUGAAUUUGCAUUUAUGCAUUUUGGCAGACAUUUUUAUCCAAUGCCAUGUACAUUGCAGGAUGCACUCUUUUAAUCAAUUUGUGACUUGAAACUAAGAGACAAAGUACUGGCUGUUUCAUUAUAAUUUAUCUGAAGUCUACAGUGUCCUUAUUUAAAUGAGUUUGUAAUUUAAACAUAAGUUAUUGUCCUUUAAAUGUAAAGGUUCAUUUUUGAAAAAUCCUUUAGACCUAUUGAACAAUCACCUUUAACUGUACUGAGACUCAGUAACAUGAGUCUCUAACAUCAGAGCUCAGAUCACAAACUACAAACUCUUUUCAAAGUGCUUCUCAUGGCAGAUAUGAAGAAAUGUCUGCGGUAAUAUAUAUAACAGAAGAAAACUCAAUCUUUUGCACUAGUUUUUAGUUCAGGGGUGAAGUAGGACCUGGAAGUUUCUCUGUGACAUUUCCUCAUGUUUGGGUUUUUAAAACUUAUAUAGUUUUUUUUUCCCCUGUAAGUAACAUUUUAAAAUUGGUCUUUGGUUUUGCAGCCAUGCAAACUUUUUAAAUGAUUUUUUUUUUUAAGUAAUUCCAGUUUUAUAAACGUUUGUAAAUAAUGCAUUUCACUUUUGAUAUUUAAGAAGUAUUUUUAUGCAAACUGUUUUACGGGGUCAGUUUUACUUUGUACAAAAUGUUUGUUGACCUGCUGGUGAAAGCUGUUUUUUAAACAGUUCCUUGUUAUUAGCCCUGAAAUAUCUCCCAACAUGUGUCUCACAGAGAUCUCAUCUGACCUAUAGGCCAGACAGAUUUAUGGCUUGUAGUCAUUGUCAACUAAUAUGACCUUUGCCUCUCACAGGGGUUUGAUGGCUUUUCUCUGUCGCCGUUCAGUAGGUUGAACUCAUUUUGUAUAGUUUGUUCUGCUGAGUUCAUAUAUUUCAACUGGAGAACUAGCAGAAGGUUUUUUUUGGAUGUUCAUGUCUGACAACAACGUUUUAAUAUGUAAGGGAUAAUGUACAGGCAGCCGGUUGAUAUGCAGAAAUAAGCCUCGAAGCGGAGGGUCUUGUAUCACACUGAAGGGGCUUAUCUCUCGUUAACAGCCGGCUGCUUGUACAUUAUCCCUCUUAAUUACACGGCUACUUGCCACAUGAGAAAAAAAUAGACUUGAAAUGUGAAUUUGAAAUAUUUUAUUAGCUCAUUUUUACCGAAUGCAGACCUUCCGCGAGGAAAAGCCGUUUACUUUCGGUUUUAAAAUAAGAAACGACGUUCAAAUGUCACGAACAGGCAAUUUGGUUUUAAUCAUUUGUAAAUAUAAUGUCAUAUGUUAUUAAAAGACAUAUUUAAUUUGUCAAAAACCUGUCGAAAUGAUUUGAUGCAUCCGUGUUACCGUGUGUUAGUUUUGAGAGGUUGUUAUCUGGGAAUAACGAACCUGCAAAUGUGAACCUGGCCAAUCAGAAUCAAGCGUUCCAGCGAGCCGUGUAAUAAUUGUAACUGUUACACACUACUGUUUAUUUUUAGUAUUUCUUUAUGCCUGUCUUUUUUGCUUUUAAUACGACAUGUGUGCUUUCUCCUUUUUGUGUAGGUUUAAAUAUAUGAUCACAUGCAAACAAAUCGUGAGGUGUGUUGGUUUUGUCUUGUGAUCUUUAUAGAGCUAACUCACAUGAGCACAAAAAAACGUUAUGUUGGAUCCUCAUUAAACAAUCACC